GAGGAAGGGGGCGGAGCUCACGAGGUGUGUGGGCCUCUCCAAGUCUUUUAGACCUCGGGCAUGAGCGGGUGGCUCCGCCUGGGAGUUAGUUGUUCCUAGUCCGUCGUCCGAAGUUCGGGGUUCAAGGUUCGGUUUUGGUCAUGGCUGCCGAGAAACCGCUCGUCUCCGUCACUUGUACCGCCCCCACCAACAUCGCGGUCAUCAAAUACUGGGGGAAACGUGAUGAGAAGCUGAUUUUGCCCAUCAAUUCCUCACUGAGUGUCACUCUGCACCAAAAUCAGUUAAAAACCACCACCACAGCAGCCAUCAGUCGGGACUUCAAAGAGGACCGAAUCUGGCUGAAUGGCAAGGAAGAGGAUGUGGGGCACCAUCGAUUACAGUCCUGCCUUCGAGAGAUCCGCCGCCUGGCCCGUAAACGGAGGAGUGGGAGUGAUGGGGAUUUGGUUCCUCUUUCCUACAAGGUGCACAUCGCCUCAGUGAAUGACUUCCCCACUGCAGCGGGCCUGGCCUCCUCAGCCGCAGGGUAUGCCUGCCUUGUCUACACUCUGGCCCAGCUCUACGGGGUAGAGAGUGAGCUCUCCGAGGUGGCUCGGCAAGGCUCGGGCAGUGCUUGUCGAAGCAUGUUUGGCGGCUUUGUGCAGUGGCACAUGGGAGAAAGGCCUGAUGGGAAGGACAGCAUCGCCCAGCAGGUCGCCCCAGAGUCGCACUGGCCGGAGCUCAGGGUCCUCGUUCUUGUGGUCAGUGCUGAAAGAAAGCCAGUGAGCAGCACAUCUGGAAUGCAGACCAGUGUAGAAACCAGCUCUCUGCUCAAAACUUCUGGACACACCCCCAUCCUCCUGCCCUCUGUCCUCGCCCUUGAUAGUUGGAUCAUUUCUGAAAAUUGGCUAAUCGCUUUGCAGUUCCGGGCUGAGUCUGUGGUGCCAGGUAGGAUGGCAGAGAUGGCGCGGUGCAUCAAGGAGCGGGACUUUGAGGCCUUUGGCCAGCUGACCAUGAAGGACAGCAACCAGUUCCAUGCCACUUGCCUGGACACUUUCCCUCCGAUUUGUUACCUCAAUGAUACGUCUCGGCAGAUCAUCAGCCUGGUCCACUGCUUCAAUGCCUACUAUGGCAAGACCAAGGUGGCGUACACCUUUGAUGCUGGGCCCAACGCCGUCAUCUUUACCCUGGAGGAAACAGUGGAUGAAUUUGUGGCUGUCAUAAAACAAGUCUUCCCUCCAGAGAUGAAUGGAGACAAGUUCCUGAAGGGGUUGCCCGUAGAGCCUGUUGAGCUCUCAGAAGAAGUAAAAUCUGCUUUGCCCAUGGAGCCAUUCCCUGGAGGAAUCAGAUACAUCAUCACUACUCAGGUGGGGCCCGGACCUCAGGUCCUGGAAGAGCCCCAGCGGCAGCUCCUGGGCCCCGACGGCCUGCCCAAGCCAGUGUCCUGAGUAUGGGUCAUCUCGAGUCAUCAGCCACCUCGGGGACAUGCAGCAGAAUGGGAGCUGUCUUAUGGAGAGGCGGGGAGCAUUGAUGAAACGUCUGUUUAUCCCGGCGAGGACUGGCCUGUUAGGAUUCUGCACCUGGCUGGAAAAAUACUGUCAUGCAAGAAAUUUUGUCAAACAUGCCACCAGCAAGAGAUUUCUGCAUUGGAAGUUAAAAUGGAUCGACUGUUGGCUGUUAUGACCUGUAGUGGGACAGGCAGUUGUUGCCCCUCUGUCGCGGUGUCUCUCCCCUCUACCUCACUCCCCCAUGUGGUUCUCUUGGGUUCUCUGCUGAUAUGGAGAGGCUGGACAGCCCUCCCCAUAGUCCAUCACCUAAAGAAAGGCCAAUCAGUCAUUGCGCAGAAGUGAUAGCAGGUCAUUUCUGAGCUAGAAUCAGGUGAACUGAUGAUGGAGGCAUUCUUCCUCCCUGACUCCUCUUCCAAAGCCUUUCCUGCUAUUUUUGAAGAAAGUCGCAGGGAAAAAAUGGUUCUUGUCUUCCCCACUGAAUCAUUGACGUGUCUCGAUCUGUAUUAAGUGGAUGUGAGUGUGCCACCUAAGCAGCCCCUGGGAAUCCCACAAACUGAGGCGGUUUCCUAGGACUGUGGUCCAGAAGGUGAAUCUUUUUUGCCAGAUUUUCUUGGGUGCUCUGGAAUUGAACUUUAAGCCAAGGACUAUGAGUUUAAUUUUCCUUUAAAAAAGUAUUCAUUUACAA